CAUUCAUUUCAGUUUCAGAUAUAGGUUAAUAGUUAUAAUCAUUUAUGUGCCGCUGAAGAGAUGGGUUUGUGUAAAUGCCCAAAGAGAAAAGUAACAAAUUUGUUUUGUUUCGAACACAGAGUCAAUGUUUGUGAACAUUGUCUUGUAGAAAAUCAUGCCAGGUGUGUUGUGCAAUCUUAUCUAAAUUGGUUGAAAGACAGUGACUACAACCCAGAUUGUCAACUUUGCAAUAAACCUCUUGCCUCUGGAAAUGUCGUCAGAUUACUCUGUUAUGAUGUGUUUCAUGAAGCCUGCCUAGAUAGACAUUACGAAAAACUGCCAUCAAACACUGCUCCAGCUGGUUAUAAAUGUCAAUUAUGUGAGACCAAUGUUUUUCCUGCACCAAACCAAGCUGGAAAAGUCAUCGACCAAUUGAAAGAAUGUCUUUCAAAAUUUAACUGGGCAAGAAUUGGACUUGGGUUGCCUUUGAUAGAUGAGUCAGAGAUUAUUGAAGUACCAGAAAGUGAUUUACCAGAAGAUGAAAUGUCUGGAGUAAAUACAUUUGUUAAAGAUGAAGGACAAAGUCGAGAGCAUGAAAAUCUACACGGAUCAUCAAUACCCAAACCUGAUUUUAAUCUUUCAUCAAGCACAAAUGUAUCAGAUACAUCUUGGAUGAAGAAUUCAUCUCUAUUUACUGACUACAGUCCUCCAAACAACAAAUCACACAGUACAGUUUUAACAAUGGACGACUUCCCAGCCACUGGAGGUUCUAAAGUAACAGAUGAGCUGGGAGCAGUAUCUAGAAAACUUCUUGGGGGCAAUUUACCAGAUUCAUUGAGACAGACAGUCGCUGGAAAUGAUCCAGAUUCCGAAGAUAAAUAUAAACGAAGACCUGCGUGGACAUGGUUAAUGAGGUGGUUGAGGUCACGCAUGUUGAGAGCAAGAGGCAGAGGCUAUCACGAUAUGAAUGUUAUUCCAAAAAAAGUUGCAAUAUUAAUUUUAGUGGGAAUCAUAGCCUUUUUCACAAUUGUUAUUUUUGCAACACAAGUAGGACGAAAAAGAGCAGAAGAAAAUCCAUUUCUAGACCCGAUGGCUAAUCCUAAUAUCCACGUUGCUCAUCAUGGUGACGCUGGUUUAGACUAUGGUGGGGGAAAGAUAAGACAAGGGCAGGCUUUUUUGAGUGAUGAUAAAGAAGAGAACAUUGGUUUUGUAGGUAGAAGACAAAAAUUAUAGUAUUAUUCUACAACUAAAAUCUAUGGUGCCAGUUACACAGUGUGAAUACUUGCACACAGGGUACUAGCUUUUGCUGUAUUAACCAUUUGUUAUUAUAUGCACAGCACACAUAUUUGCCGAUACUGCUCUUAUUUUAUGUGGGUGUUAUGGGAAACAAUAUUUUAUAAGAAGAAUGAAUGCCUGAUGGGCAGUGUGCUUCAGCAACAGUUAUUAUGUGAUUUGUAUAUUUUAAAUAUAUUAAAUGAUAUAUAUGA